AAACCGCGCAGCGCGAUUUUGCGCGUGAGCGGAGUAGUCUCUGUCGGCAUCCUAGACAGUCAGAGCAGAGCCCUCAAAUUGGAGUUAUCACAAAGCGGCAACACCCAAUCAUUCACGCUGGGCUCUUCUCAAAUCCGCGGUGUCUUUUUCCAACUGUUCUCUCGUGAUUUUGUUGAAUUUGGAUUCUUUUGCAAUUAUUGUAGUUCAUUCGACUUAAAACAAUCAAAGUAGUUUUCAGUAUUUGUUAUUCUCCCCUUGAUCUUGCUAAUGCGGGUGUGCAGCAAGUUUACCGAACCUUCAAACUUGCUCCAUAUGAUUCGGAAGUAAAGCACGUGACGUUACCUGGGAUUGAGUGCACCUGGUAUAAAGUCAAUUACCAUGUUAGGAUCAUUUAUACGGAGGACGGAGUCGACUGGAGCAUGUAUUUCAUGUUGACCAAUAUGCGCUUUCAUAAUUGAUAUCGAAAUGUGGGGAAGUUCUCUGCCGAUGGACACAAACCGAACACAGCGGGGUUUCUGCUGAUGUAAGACUUGUUGUGGUGUGAUGAGAGAAGACCAGCCCUGCUCCUGGAUGGGUGAGGUCCCUGCCAACCCAGUCGGCCAGUGAAACACACCCCCCACCCCACCCCUUUCCUCCCAACCAGGGUCCUCCAGAGGAGCAGCAGGGAUGUACCAGGAGGUGGCCUUCCUAGCGGGCAGCACGGAAAAAGAGUUCACGCCCUUCCACUUCCCCCUGGAGAACCAGCAGGAGGUGGUCACUAAGAAGGGUGUGUUCUUUAAACGGCAGCGACUGCUGCGGAGGCCCAAUGAGGCGCAGGAGGAGAACGACCUGUCAGCCGUUAUCAAUGUAGGCGGGAUCAGGUACCGUAUCCCCUGGUCCGUUCUGGAGGAGUUCCCUCUGACGCGGCUGGGCCGGCUGAGGAGCUGCAGCUCAUUGGACGAGAUCAUGGAGGUGUGUGACGACUAUGACGACGGGCGCCAGGAGUUCUUCUUCGACCGCAGCCCAUCUGCGUUCCGCACCAUUGUGACGUUCCUUGCGGCAGGGCGGCUCCGACUGCUGAGGGAGAUGUGUGCCCUGUCCUUCCAGGAGGAGCUUGUCUACUGGGGCCUGGAGGACACCAGGUUGGAGUGGUGCUGCCUCAGGAAGCUACGCAUAAGACAGGAGGAGCUCAAGGAGCAGCUUAGGAUGGAGGAGGAGGAAGCAGAGCUCACCACCACCCUGACCCCCCAGAGCUGUGAGGAUGGGCUUGGGCCCCCCGGGGCGGCGGGGGAGGAGGAGGAGGAGAGCCGCAUGGCGGGGUGUAUGCGCAGUCUCCAUGACAUGGUGGAGAACCCUCAAUCUGGACUUCCUGGGAAGAUCUUUGCCUUUCUGUCAGUGGUGUUUGUGGCCAUCACCGCGGUAACACUCUGCAUCAGUACCAUGCCUGACCUCAGGGAGGAGGAGGAGAGGGGUGAGUGUUCUCAGAGGUGCUACAAUAUCUUUGUCCUGGAGACGGUGUGUGUGGCCUGGUUCUCUCUGGAGUUCCUGCUGCGCUUCAUCCAGACGCCGAGUAAGUGUGUGUUCCUGAAGACGCCCCUCAACAUCAUCGACGUGGUGGCCAUCCUGCCCUACUACAUUACCCUGAUCGUAGACUCUCUGUCUGAGGGAGGGGAGAAGCCCAGCGGCGGGAACAACUACCUGGAGAAGGUGGGCCUGGUGCUGCGGGUACUCCGGGCCCUGAGGAUCUUCUACGUGAUGCGUCUGGCGCGCCACUCCCUGGGGCUGCAGACCUUAGGCCUGACGGUCCGACGCUGCACCCGUGAGUUCGGCCUGCUCCUCCUCUUCCUGUGUGUUGCCAUGGCACUUUUCUCCCCUCUGGUGUUCCUGGCGGAGAGCGAGAUGGGCGCCAAGUAUGACUUCACCAGCAUCCCUGGCACCUACUGGUGGGCGGUGAUCUCCAUGACAACGGUGGGGUACGGGGAUAUGGUGCCGCGGAGCAUCCCGGGUCAGGUGGUGGCACUCAGUAGCAUCCUCAGUGGGAUCCUCCUGAUGGCGUUCCCCGUCACCUCCAUCUUCCACACAUUCUCUCGGUCCUACCUGGAGCUGAAGGAGGAGCAGAACAGAACGCUGAGACAGAAACCAGACUUCCAGGACUCCACCAAGUCUCAGAACAGCGAGGACUCGGCCGAGACCGACAGUUAUCAUGGCAUCACUGAGGCCGCCGCCUCCGCAUUACGCAAGAAGUCCAUCGCCAUUGCGUCACAGAGGAGGGCCAUGCAGACUCAAGACUGAGUGUGUGUGUGUGCAAUGUGAGAGCCUGAGGUUGUGCAGUGCUCUACUAGAGCUAGAGGACUACUAAACAGGGAUUGGACAUUUUUCUCAAGCUUAAGAAGAAAAGGAACUCUGAUGUUUGUGAUCCUCAUAGCUCUGUCCAUCAGACUUCAAUAGAGUUUCUAAGAUUUUAUAAGACAGCUGCAAAAGUAUUUUUGCUGACAUUAUUGGUUAAGAGCUGACCAGAAGAUAAGUUCUCUGUGGUCAAAGGACAUUUCACCCAGGAGAAUACCCCUACAACACAGGAGAAUAGCCCUACAACACAGGAGAGUAGCCCUACAACACAGGAGAGUAGCCCUACAACACAGGAGAAUAGCCCUACAACACAGGAGAGUAGCCCUACAACA